GUCACGAGUCGCCUGAUACGCGGGAUGAAUCGAAGAAAAGGUCCAUCUAUUUCAGCCUUCAAAUCCUCGGACGCGCGGGAAAGAAAGAGGCAAAUAUCAUCGCCACCCUCGCAACCCGCCCUCUCUCUCCCCCUCUCCGGCGAUCUUCUUCCGGCGGUGGCCUUAAUCGGAUGGAUUCCAUGACGCAACCAGCUUCCAGUUUGAGAUUUUUAAACCUUAGGAAGUCAUUCAAGCUUGCAAUCCAUCCACUUUUGACUGCCUGUCCAAGGGAGGAUUUUGAUAGUGCAUUUUCGGUUCUUGAUCAUGGUGAGCGCCAAACAUUACACAAGCUAUUACUGCAGGUUAUUGCUUCUUUGCAUGAAAGUAUGCAGGAGGAGUUUGAGUCGAUUUGUCAUGAGACACAGGUUCAUACUUCUUUUGAAUUGGUCGAGCAGCUGGUUGAAGAGCAGAGUUUGGACAUUCUUCACGAUGAUAAGACAGACUUAGUGCAGGUAAGAGAACAGCUUAUGAGCAUAAAGUUGGAUGAGAUCCAUUGCUUGAGGACCAUGUUGGCGAAGGCAGGUGAGAAAAAUUGUGCACUUCGCUCACGCUUGGAAUCCCUGAAGCAAGGAAGUGCAGAUGCAUCCAUUGCUGUAACUCUUAUAGAAAAGUUGAAAAGAUCAAAUCAGCAGUAUGGACAGAUAGCAGAGCAACCGUUGCCUGGAAACCAUGAUUUUUGAUUGACAUGUUCAUAUGGUUAUCUUUCUGUCCGAGUUACUUGGUGCCGAACUGUGGGCUUUGAGGAUAAACCAUAAGCAGCUACGACUUGGCUGAAUAUCCUUUCAGAUUUGAGGGAAGUUUUAUGAGCAUCCAUACUAUGUUACAUUGUACAUAGAUGACUUUACCUCAGUUAACCUGAAGCUGGCCAAGUCCUUUGUAUUGCAAACUGAUUCCCUAUGUGCAGUUGGUUGCUUAAAACAAUUGUAAGAACUUCAACACAUUAUGUUUUGGAUGUCAAGAUUGGACACGUAAUGUCCAUAACAUGAUUGAUACAA